GUACACCUCUACCACAUCCAAAACUACACAAAUCUCUAUCCCACCCACCCCACCACAAUGUCCAUCUUCGUCUGCGGCGCAACCGGCACCCAAGGCGGGUCCAUCACGCAACACCUCCUCCAAAAAAACAUCCAAGUACACACCAUCACCCGCACACCGACCUCCCCCGCCGCCCAAACCCUCCAAUCCCUCGGUGUACGCAUCACCCAAGGCUCCUACGACGACGAAGCCGCCCUCCGAACCAGUCUAACCGGCUGCACGGGACUCUUCCUCAACAUGAUGCCCGAUUUCCUCAACCCGGAGAACGAGACCAUCCGGGGUCGUCGCAUCCUCUCACUCGCUAAAGAAGCCGGCGUCAAAUACGUCGUCUACAGCAGUUCCUUCGCCGCGAACGAACCUGAGAAAAUCCGCACAUUCACACCCACGAGCUUCACAGGGAAGAUGCUCCUCAAUAAACAAGCGCUGGAGAUUGCGACCCGUACGGCGGGGUUUGAGAGAUGGACGAUUUUGCGUCCCGGGAACUUUAUGUCGAAUUUUCUGGGGCCCAGGGCGCGAAUGUAUUCUGGGUUGGUGGAGAAGAGGUGUUGGACGACGGCAUGGAUGCCUGAGACGAAGAUUGCGAUGGUGGAUCCGGUGGAUAUUGGGCGGGUUGGGGCGGAGGCGCUCUUGGAUGAGGAUGAGAGGUUUCAUGGGGCGGAGAUUGAAUUGGCGGGGGAGUUGUUGACGGUGGGGGAGAUUUUGGGGGCGUUGGCGAAGGUUACUGGGGUGGAGUUUAAGGCGGAUUAUAUGACCGAGGAGGAGAUUGGGAGGCAGGUUGCUACGAAUUUUUUGAUUGAGGCGCAGUUGGCAAUGCGGGAUAUGGCGCAGUUUGCAGAUUUGGAGAAGAUUGGGGAGCGGGGGUUGGGUUUGGGGAGGUUUGAAGCGUUUUUGGAGAGGGAGAAGGAGAAUGUUGUGAAGACUUAUUCUACUUAG